AUGACCCUGGGGGAUCUGGGGGCGAAUGUGAUUAAGGUGGAGAGUAGGGAUGGGGAUGAGAGCAGGAAGUGGGGCCCCCCCUUCACGAAGGGUGACAGUAACAAGGACUCGUUCUAUUAUUUAGCAGUGAACAGGAAUAAGAAGAGUAUUUGCUUGGAUUUGAAGUCUCAGGAAGGGAAAAAUGUGAUAUAUGAUUUAGCCGAGAAGUGUGAUGUGAUGGUGGAAAACUUCCUGCCGGGAAAGCUGGAUAAGAUGCAGGUGGGGUAUGAGAGGCUCAGCCAGAUCAACCCCAGGCUGAUAUACUGUGCCAUCACUGGCUUCGGGCCCACGGGGCCUUACGCUAACAAACCAGGUUACGACGUAGUAGCCGCAGCCAUGGGCGGCCUAGUCAACGCGACGGGCGAACGCCACGGCCGUCCCGCGAAGCCCGGAGUCGCCAUCACAGACCUCACCACGGGCUUACACGCCUUCGGAGCCAUCAUGGCUGCCCUCUACCACCGACAGAACACCGGACAGGGUCAAAAGAUAGACUGCAAUCUACUGUCCACUCAAAUAUCGAGCAUGAUCAACUUAGCUAGCGUUUACUUAAACUGUGGCAUAGAAGUGCAAAGAUGGGGUACUGCUCAUGCGAACCUAGUACCGUACCAAGCGUUUGAAACUAAAGACGGAGAGUUAGUCAUUGGUAUAGGAUCUAAUGCACAAUUCGCAAACUUUUGUAAAAUUAUUAAAAGGGAAGAAUUGAUAAAUGAUGAGCGUUUCAAAGAUAAUUCAGAUAGAGUGAAGAAUAGAGAUGAGAUUAUUAGGAUUUUAAGUGAAGUUAUAAGAACUAAGACUAGUAAGGAAUGGACGGAAUUGUUCAAAAACGCUUCGUUUCCGAACGGUCCUGUUAACAAGAUGAAAGAUGUCUUUGAGGAUGAACAUGUCAAAGCGAUACAACUAGUCAAGGAGUUGCCUCACCCUGUGGUUGGGUCGGUAAAGCUGGUGGGGCCGCCAACGGUAUACAGUGCUGGUGGGAACCAUGCUAGGACAGCCCCGCCCACGCUCGGGGAGCAUACUAGGGAAAUAUUAUCGGAGUUCCUUGGGUAUGAUGAUGGGAAGAUUGAUGGAUUGUAUGACGCUAAAGUUGUGCGAUGAUGGACGUUGAAUUAUAUUGACGAAAAAAUUUUUUUAAUUAUAAAUAACUUUUACAAUGA